AUGGCGACCCGGGCAAAUACAAACAGCGUGCCUCACUUUUACAGAUCCGUGAUCGAAGACGUUAUCAAUGAGGUGAGAGACAUCUUUUUGGAUGAAGGAGUCGACCAACACGUCCUGAUGGAACUGAAAACCCUGUGGGAGGAUAAACUAGCGCAGUCGAGGGCCGUGGAUGGAUUUCAUUCGGAAGAGCAGCAGCUUUUACUGCGAGUUCAACAGCAGCGUCAAACCCAGCAACAGCGGCCUCACCAUCACCACCACCACCACCUGCAAGCUCCACCGCAGCCCGCGGCCCCUCAGCAAGCGCCGUCCCGGCAGGUCCUCAUUCCUGCACCGGGGCCAGCUGCCGCGCCACAAGCUACUGCUUCGGAUUCUAAGCUGACAAAGCCCGUGAGUGCAUCCAACAUGAGUGCUGCUGCUACAGCUGCCAUCUUAGCACUCCCUGCUGGUGUGACUCCCGUGCGACGCGUAUUAACAAGCUCAGGCCAGCUUCUUCAAGUGAUCAGAGCAGCCAACGGUGCCCAGUAUAUCGUUCUGCCGCAGCAGGCUAGACCACCCACCCAGCCUGGCAGAGUACAGCAGGCAUUGGCCCCACUUCCUGGAGGGACUUCCCCACAGACAGCGGUCAUCCUCCAGCCUCAGCAAAUCGUAUUUACGGGAAGUAAGGCUCAAGUUAUCCCCACCACGGCGGCGGCUCCCACCCCAGCCCAAGCGCGGACAACUGCAGCUGGCCAACAGCCACCACGGGCCCACCCUGCCCAGCAACAGGCUCCCUCGGUGUUGCAAGUGGAUGGAACUGGGGAUACAUCGUCUGAAGAAGAUGGCGAUGACGAGGAGGAGGAAGACAAACAAGGCGGAGCUCAAGGUGGGCAGGUCAAAGAGAUGCCCCUCAACAGCGAUGACGACGUGAGCGAUGAGGAAGGAGAGAAACUCUUUGAUACCGAACACGUGGUUGUGUGCCUCUACGAUAAGAUACACAGAAGUAAAAACAAGUGGAGAUUUCAUCUCAAGGAUGGCAUUAUGAGUCUUCAGGGAAGAGAUUAUAUAUUUUCCAAAGCCUUUGGAGAUGCAGAAUGGUGA